GCCUUCUUUCAGGCACGUCAAAAAUCUUUUGACGACCAUCAUUGGGAUGAGGUGCCCAUACCCUCAAACUGGCAGAUGUUGGGCAUCUGCACACCCAUCUACACCAACAUCACCUUCCCAUUUACGUCCGUGCCACUUGACACACCGCUACUGGUCAUUCAUCGGGUAGAUCCUUCAUGCCUGUACCGGACGGUGUUCCACGUACCACCCGAGCAUGCAGAUCGAAGGGUCCACCUCGUCUUCCAUGCGGUGGGCUCUGCCGUGAUGCUGUGGGUGGAUGGGCAGUACAUUGGCUAUUCCCAGGACUCGAUGACUGCGGCUGAAUUUGACAUCACUGAUGCUCUGAAACAAGGCAAGCAGCCAGAGAGUGGAGGCGCCUCAGUCUCGGAGGCCUUGCUGUCGGAUCAGCACCUCUCAGACCAUGUGCUGGUCGCCAUGGUUCCAAUGUGGUGUGAUGGUAGCUACCUGGAGGACCAGGAUCAGUGGUGGCUCACGGGAAUUCACCGCACGGUCGAGCUUCACUUCGCUGCUCGGCACGAGGGGCGGGCUCAUGAUUACAGCACGGAGACUUGGCUUGAAGGCAACGAGGGCCAACUGAAAAUACUUUGCCGCUUGAGCGGCCCUGCCGCGAAAGCUUCCAUGCGCUUUUCCUUAAGUGCUGCUGGUAGCUCCGAUGCCUUGACAUCUUGCAGCGCGGUUCCAGAGAAAUCCCGAAGCUACACUGAGUCUUCGGAGGAAGAGUGCUGGUGUGCCUUGCCUUCACAGAGACUAUGGAAGGCCAGAAGCCAGCUGAUUCCAAGUCGACGGGCCAAGCCGCCGAGCCGCCGAGCCCAGGCAUGGAGAGAACAAUUUCUUCAUCGCACGUGGAAUAUGUUCCAACGAGCCGAGAACCAUCCCUGCGUCAUCGUGUGGUCCUUGGGGAAUGAAAGCGGCUGGGGUCCCAACUUCGCCGCUUGCGCCCAAGCCUUGCGCCAGUGGGAUCCGCAGCGGCGUCCCGUGCAGUAUGAAGGGGCCGAAGGUCACGGUGAUGCGGUGUUCUUCUGCGGAGAUGGCCAAGGCCAAGUAUUGGUCUCCGCCAAUGAUUUUGCCACUGGCGGCGCCAGAUACACAGAACAUCGGCAGAUCCAGGGAGGCUUUGUUUGGGAGUGGGCUGAUGGAGCCAUCAAGGCCGGUGCUUCACAGACGUUUGACCAGUAG